AUGCUUCCCUCCCUCAAAAAACUGCUUCUCCACACCGCCACAACGAAGGAAUCGCCGCCGCCACUGUCACCGCCUCAGCAUCUCCUCAUCCAAUCACCUCCGCCGACGAACAGCUAUCUCUGGCCGUUGAAGGGCCAGCGUGCCUCUUUAGUUUGGCGAGGGAGAAGAAGAAGAAGAGGAGGAGGAGAAGGAGGAGGAGGAGGAGGAGGAGGAGUGACAAUCUUGUUCAACAAUGCUUCCCUCCCUCGAAAAACUGCUUCUCCACACCGCCACAACGAAGGAGUCGCCACUGCCACCGUCACUGUCUUGGCAUCUUCUCAUCCAAUCACCUCCGCCGGCGAACCGCUAUCUCUGGCCGUUGAAGGACCAGCCCGCCUCUUUGGUUUGGCGAGGGAGAAGAAGAAGAAGAGGAGGAGGAAGAGGAGGAGGAGGAGUAGUGACGUGAGUGGAAAAAAUCUCAUUAAAUUAAGGCAGUUACAAGUUGCAUCCCAUCAAGGAGGAAGACCCCUCAUCGACAACAAAAAACAUCAAGAAAUGUAUGGUCGGCCGGAAGCGCUCCAAGUUGUGCUGCCGGAACUUUUUCCUCUCUUUCUCGAUCGCUUCAGUUCAUCCAAGAUGAAGAUAGAAGACGUCAACAGAUGCCAGAUCCAAGAAUGGUACCCCAAAUUCAAAUCCUCAUCCAUCAAAACCCUAAUCCACGAGCUCCCGGAGCCCUUCGUCCGCUACCUCCUCGACAACUCCGGCCCCUUCCUCCUCCCUCUCUCCAUCUACAACGACGACGCUCUCCCCAAUCGCGUCCACAAGCCCGACGAGGAGUCGGACUUCGUCGCCCCCGAUUCCGGCGAUCCAGGCGACGAGUCCGACGACCCCGGACCGCCUCCUUCCUUCCCCGACCUCGAGGCCGCCAUCAAAUGCUCCAUCGAAACCCUAGGCGGCUUCGCCUUCCCCAAGCUCAACUGGAGCUCGCCAAAGGACUCGGCUUGGAUCAGCCCCACCGGCAACCUCAAGUGCAAAAACUUUUCCGAAAUUGCCCUUCUCCUAAAAACCUCCGACUCUAUCGUGCNNNUCCGAUUAUUCCGAUUCCGAACGGCGGCCCGCCAAGAUCUUCCUCGCCCUCCGCAAGUGGUACCCUUCCUUCCGGCCGGAGAUGGAGUUCCGGUGCUUUGUGCGGUUCAAGGUUUUGAUCGGCAUUUGCCAGCGAGAGGGAAUGUGAGGGAGGGGUUCGGGUCCGAUAGCUACACGUUUGAUGUGCAUGUGACGAGGGACGGUAGGGUUAAGCUCGUGGAUUUCAACUCGUGGGGCGGGCCCACGCUGCCCCUUUUGUUCGACUGGGACGAGUUGGAUGAUGGGUUGAAGGGAGAUUCGGGUUUGGAGUUUCGGGUUGUGGAGAGCCGAUGUGGGAUUCGUCCGGGUUUGAAGACUGCGGUGCCUUACGAUUAUUUGGAUACGAGCAGUGGGAGUGGAUGGGGUCAGUUUUUAAGGAAUGCGAACGAGGAGUUGAGGAAGCAAAUGUCGGCUAGCGAAGCAUGA